UGUCCUCAGGAUCUAUUAUAGUAUUCGUAUUAGCAAAACAGAACGCUGUUGAAGAAUGGAAAAGGAUUAUAGGACCAACCACGGUUGACCAUAUUUUCAAAUUUUAUACGUAUUAGAAUUCUCAAAUGAUACUUGAAAAAUCAAUUCCUUUUGAUUUAUUUUAAGAAUUGUUUCAGGUAACAGAAGCGCGUUUGUAUUUUCCUGACAGCAUUCGAGCGAGGUAUGGUCGAAAGGGAGAUAACUUAAAGAAUGCUAUCCAUGGCAGCUGCAAUCGCGAACAGGCCGAGAGAGAAAUCCAUUUUUUCUUUCCUAGAUUCAUAAUUGAACCUAUAUUAAGAGACGAGAUGGCCGAAGAUUUUUUAUGGGAAACUAUUAACCCGGUUCUUGUCGAAGGUUUGAUAAUGUGUUGCAAGCAAAAACCGGCCGAUCCUAUAUUGUGGUUAGCGCACUGGUUGAUCCUAAACAACCCUAACAAGCCUAAACUACCGGAAGAUCUCGCUUUAAUUCCAACAUAAUUUCCUCCGAAUCAUUUCAUACCGCAGACCUGUUCUACACUUUAACGCGCAACACCGCCGUCUUACC